AGUAACUCCACCGAAAAGCAGUUCUCUCUUUCAGAAGGAAAAUAAAAUACAUUUUGGAACAAAUAGUCUGACAGACAGAAACUACAACACGGAAUGGCCUCUGCUACUUCCUGGUCUGAAGAUAACUUUUCAUGUCCCAUCUGUCUGGAUGUGUUCAGCAGCCCAGUUACCACACCAUGUGGACACAACUUCUGCAGAGCCUGUGUUACAAAGUUCUGGGAUGAACAAGUCCAGUACAAAUGUCCUAUUUGCAACGAGGUUUUCCACACUAGACCUGAUGUACGGGUCAAUACCUUCAUAUCAGAGUUGACUGCUCAGUUUAGAACGUCCGUACGAGUAAAAGAGCAGCCUUGUGUUGAACCAGGAGAAGUUCCCUGUGACGUCUGUAUUGGGACCCAGCUGAAGGCCGUCAAGUCCUGCCUAGAGUGUUUUACCUCUUACUGCCACACCCACCUGGAGCGACAUCAGAGAGUCAGAGGCCUGAAGAAACAUCAGCUGGUCGAGCCAAUGGACCGACUGGAAGAAAGGAUGUGUAAGAAACAUGAGCGACUUCUGGAGCUCUUCUGCAGGACUGAACAGGAGUGUGUGUGUCAGUUCUGCACAGAGGGUGACCACAGGUCCCAUUCUGUUGUACCUCUAAAGGAGGAAUAUGAAGUGAAGAUGGACCAGCUGGCAAAGAUAGAGGAGAUGAUCCAGGAGAGAAAACUAAAGAUUAAGGAGAUCAAUGACACAGUAGAACUGAGCAAGAAAGACGCAGACAGAGAGUUAGCCAGUGGUUUACAGGUCUACACUGCUCUGAUAUGCUGUGUUCAGAAGUGCCGUGAUGAUUUCGACCAAAUGGUUAAAGAGAAACUGAAAUCCACAGAGAAACAAGUAGAAGACCUCAUCAAAGAGCUGGAGCAGGAAAUCAAGGAUCUGACCAAUAGAAGUUCAGAGGUGAAGCCGCUCUCACAGACUAAAGACCACCUCCACUUCCUCCAGGCCUUCAGAUCCCUGAAGGAUCCCCCACCCACCAGGGACUGGACGACGGUGGAGGUCAGUCCUCCGUCGUACGUAGAGACCUUGAAGAGCUCUCUGGAUCAGCUGGAGGAGACACUGAACAUGGAGAUGAGGAAGCUGCGUGGUCCUGCAGAGCUGAAGAGGGUCCAGCAGUAUGCAAAAUAUGUGACUCUGGAUCCUGAUACAGCUCAUCCCCUGCUCACCGUGUCUGAGGAUGGGAAACAAGUACAUAAUAGUGGUCGAGAGCAGACACUCCCAGUAAAAUCUGGGAGAUUUUCAUGUUAUCCACUUGUUCUCUCGAGGCAGGGCUUCUAUUCAGGGAAAUUUUACUUUGAGGUCCAGGUUAAAGGCAAGUCUUCUUGGCAUUUAGGAGUGGCCAGAGAGAACAUUGACAGAAAAGUAAAGGCGGGAAUGUUCUCCAACCCAUUCACCAACCCAUGCACCAACCCAUUCACCAACCCAUUCACCCCCAAUAAAGGCUACUGGAUGAUAUCAUCAAACAAUAAGGAGCUUGUAUUUAAUGAUGACCGUAAGGUCCAUCUCCCUCUGAGAGCUAAGCUCGAGAAGGUGGGGGUGUUUUUUGAUCAUGCUGAGGGUCUGGUCUCCUUCUAUGAUGUGGAAGCAAGGAUUAUUAUCUACUCUGCUACUGGCUACAACUUUCGUGGGCAUCUCUAUGCACUACUCAGUCCAGGUUCACAUGGAUUGUUUGGUGGAAACAAUGCCCCCCUGAUCCUCUCACCUGUCAAUCAAACAGACUAAGACAUUGUUUGAUAUAAAAAUUUACAAACAAGAAUAAAUGAUAUUUCCUGAAUAAUGUGCUAGAUCUGAAAGAACUAUACAUAAAUGUUGUAUACGGUUGUUACCAAGGAUGGAAAUAACUAUUUUAAAUAUAGCCCAUUAUAAAUUAUUAUAUUCCACUACCUUCAAUGUGUGUCUCAUUUUCCUUUUACUGCAUGAAUUGUUUGUUUAUUAGAACAAUUUAGGAGGAUAUUGUUUACAUUGAUCUUUACAUUACUAUAAGUUGUAUAGUUGAUAUAUUUCGGAGUCAUGAAUAAAUACCCAAUUAAAUCUUUCAUCACUUUUCUGAAUUCAAUAAAAAAUAAAUCGAUAGAUUCAUCAAAAUAUGAAAAGUAUCGUGAUUUAUACAGCUCUUGGGGAGUGGGGGGAAGA